GUUCGUUUCGUCUCUUGAUUUUUUUCUGAUUUUUGUGUCAAAAAUCGCCAGAAUUGCAUUAAAAUCGCGGUAAAAAUGAACACUCGAUCACGAAAAAGGCAACAGAAUUACUCGCCCAUCGAGAAUCUCCCGGUUGAGAUGCUGUUGGAAAUUUUCGAGUAUUUGGACCCGUGGAGCAUUCGUCGCUGUUCAGAAGUUUGUAUCACUUUCUUUCACUUGACUUUGCGUCCAGGAUUCAAGAAAUUCUUUCGAUUAACGAUGUCAGACGACUAUUUGGCUCCAAAUUGUGGCAUCGGAAAAUUAUUCGCCCCCGAGAGACGCACGAAACGAACUUUUGAUCGUCUCGCUUUGGAAAAAGUGACUUUCAAGACACUUGUGUUUGCCGAAAACUUUUUCAUGCGACUUGGAGAAGAAAUCACCGAGAUGGAAUUGACACAUGAUUUUUUUACGCCACUCAUGAGAGAAAAAGGAUCAGAAAUUCUCGACGACAUUUUCCGCAAAAAUAUCUUGACUAAUUUUCCUAAUUUGAAAAAAUUAGUUUUGAAAAAUCAAGACUUGCUUCAACUGACAUACUAUCCAUCAUCUUUAAAGGAAAUCCACAUAAGUUUUAAAGGAGAUCCCUUUUAUAUUGGCUGUUUAAAUGCGAUCAAGAAUUUCCUCAUAAACGAAAAAGGACUAGGAAACUUGAACAAAUUGAUAAUCUCAAAUUUAAAUCCUUUCGAAGAUGAAUAUUUUUCCCAAGCUUGGAAUGUUACAGAUGCAGUUAAGGCCAAUUUAAUUGAAUUUAAUGUAAUUGGAGCGCUGAAGUAUUUCGAACACGAUUGCAACAUACUCGAAGAUACAACUAUUGAUCUAAUUCACAUCACAGGACUGAAUCUUCAUAAAUUGCCCUACAUUACGUUUCUCCAAUUACAUCAAUUCCCAAACUUGAAGUCACUCGAGCUGAGCUUUGAAGCAGGUCUCGAUUGUUGUUCAGAUCAUUCAGAAGCAGUUCCAGACUUUUCUCAUGUCCAGGAAUUGAAAUUGCAUUUUAAUUGCGUUUCAGUUUGCGAAACUUGCAUUUCAAAUAUUUUUUCUUCAUUCACUGGCUUAAUCAAACUCAAUUUGAAAGGAAAUCUAAAAGACAGACAAUAUCGUCUUAUUUAUGCAAAUAUGCCGAAAUUAGAGUAUCUCGAGAUACAUGGACUGAUUCCGCGCCAUAUUUUCGACUCGGCCGAACAUUCUCCGAAUUCGAUCGAACAAUUGAAGAAUUUGCAGCAUUUGUUGGUGUUUGAUACUUCAAACAAGCGCAAAACAGGUCUUUCGAACAAAUGUUUUCUAAAAUUCGCAAAGUUGCCGUAUCUCAAAACAUUGCGUCUUAGUGAAAGUUACAAUGGGAACCCAAUUCAAUUUGAUGGAAUUCGUCAUCUUGUCCGCCAAUGUCCCCAAAUUUCAACUUUUUCUACGACAGAUGAAAUUAACCAUGAGACAAUUGAAGAAAUUAUUCGUGGAUGGCCACGUUUAACAACCUUGCUUUUGCCAGAUGGAAGAAUUUUGCACAAAAAUACCUGGAUUUUGAUAAAAGACACUUGUCGUUUCCUAAAAUAUUUGUCGGUCAACCGUUUUCAAUCAACCGUUUUCAAUUUUGGAUUUACAGAGCAAUGCUCCCUUUUUAAGAGCAUCUCAAGUUUAAAGUUUGUUAAAACAGGGUAUGCAAUGUUCACACGUACUGAUUAUCACGAGCAAGAUGUUUAUUUGGAAAAAUAUGGCUAUCGUCAUUCAGAAGUUUCAUUGAAACGGAAAAAUUCAGCAACUCAGUCCAAAUCCAAUAAGAAAUGCCGCUUGACAUACAAUGGAUACACCAGAUCUACAUUUUCGCAGAUCGAAAAGGAUGAUUCGCUUGAUCCAUAUUAUUCGGAUGAAGAAUAUUCGGAUGCGAAUUCAGAAAGACCGGAUGAUUCGGAAAAUGAAUGUUCAUGCUGUAGAUGCUGUUGUUGGUAAACAGACUUAUUUAAUUCAAUUUUUCAUGUAUCAUUAAUUUCACAAAAUUAAGAUUGAUUUUAUU